AUGGAGCAGAUCCCACCGCCCAAGGAGGUGAAGAUCCUCGAAACAGCUGAGGAUAUUCAGGAGAGACGUGAGCAGGUAUUGAACCGAUAUGAAGACUUUAAACAAGAAGCUCGCGCUAAGCGUGAAAAGCUGGAAGAUUCUAGACGAUUCCAAUACUUCAAGCGGGAUGCUGAUGAGCUGGAAUCCUGGAUCCAAGAGAAACUCCAAGCUGCCAGUGAUGAAAGCUACAAAGACCCAACCAACUUACAGGCUAAGAUCCAAAAGCACCAAGCUUUUGAGGCAGAGGUGGCAGCCCACUCUAAUGCAAUUGUGGUGCUUGACAACACCGGUAGUGAAAUGAUCUCCGCUGGACACUUUGCGUCUGACACCAUCCGCAAACGCCUAGAUGAACUGCAUCGUCUUUGGGAGCUUCUGCUGUCUCGCCUUGCUGAGAAAGGCAUGAAACUGCAACAGGCAUUGGUGCUCGUUCAGUUCCUGAGACACUGUGAUGAAGUCAUGUUCUGGAUUCAUGAUAAGGAAACGUUUGUGUGCGCCGACGAAUUCGGCUCCGAUUUGGAGCAUGUUGAAGUUCUCCAGCGCAAGUUUGACGAGUUCCAAAAGGACAUGGCUGCGCAGGAGUACCGCGUCACCGAAGUCAACCAGCUAGCAGAAAGGCUCGUGCUCGAAGGGCACCCUGAGAGGGAAACGAUUGUAAAGAGAAAAGAUGAGCUAAACGAGGCUUGGCAGCGCCUCCGCCAGAUGGCGCUUAUGCGCCAAGAGCGUUUGUUCGGCGCUCAUGAAAUCCAGCGCUUCAACCGUGACGCUGACGAGACCAUCGCCUGGAUCUCUGAAAAGGACGUGGUCCUGGGAUCCGAUGACUAUGGACGGGAUUUAGCCACUGUUCAAACAUUGCAGCGUAAACACGAAGGUGUGGAACGUGACCUGGCUGCUCUUGAAGACAAAGUAGCUACUUUGGAUGGCGAGGCAGCUCGCCUUGCUGACAUUCACGGAGACCAUUCUUCAGCCAUUCACAGCAAGAGAGAUGAGAUCACUACUGCCUGGCAGAGACUUGUACAAAAGGCUCAGGAACGUCGUCUAGCCUUGGAGUCGUCCUACGCUUUGCACCGUUUCUUGGCUGACUAUCGCGACUUGAUGUCGUGGAUGAGUGACAUCCGUGCCCUAAUCGCUGCUGAUGACCUCGCCAAGGAUGUACCUGGUGCUGAAGCCCUACUUGAAAGACACCAAGAACAUAAGGGUGAGAUGGAUGCUCGCGAAGAUGUAAUGGCAGCCUGCAUAUCCAGUGGUGAGGCUCUGGUGUCUGGGGGACAUCGUGGUGCUAGUGACGUGCAAACGGCGUUAGACGCCCUGCGCAAGGAAGCCGCGGCACUAAACGCUCUGUGGGAGCAACGCCGUAUACUGUACUUACAGUGUAUGGACUUGCAACUCUUCUACCGUGACACUGAGCAAGCGGACGCCUGGAUGCACAAGCAAGAGGCGUUCCUUGCCAACGAAGAUGUGGGUGACUCUCUGGAUUCCGUAGAAGCCCUCCUUAAGAAGCAUGAAGACUUCGAAAAGUCCCUUGCAGCUCAAGAAGAGAAGAUCAAGGCUCUUGACGAGUUUGCGACCAAGUUGAUCGAAGGACAGCAUUACGCCGCCGAUGAUGUAGCUCAGAGGAGAGAAAUGUUACUGGAACGCCGUGCAGCGUUAUUGGAGAAGUCAAACCAACGCCGUGCCUUGUUAGAGGACGCUUACAAAUACCAGCAGUUUGAAAGAGACUGUGACGAAACUAAAGGUUGGAUUAACGAGAAACUCAAGUUUGCGACGGACGAUUCUUACUUGGAUCCAACUAACCUAAAUGGAAAAGUGCAGAAACAUGGCAACUUCGAACAGGAGCUGUUAGCAAACAAGCCCCGAGUCGAUGAGAUUACAGCUACUGGACACAAACUUCUCGAACAAGAACAUUUUGCCAAACCUCAAAUAUCUACACGCGUGGAAGAACUCGGUGGAUCCUGGGAGAAACUGGUGCAGGCGUCAGAGUUAAAGGGGUCUAAACUGCAAGAAGCAGCAGCUCAGCAGCAGUACAACCGAGCCGCUGAGGACAUUGAAUUGUGGUUAUCAGAAGUAGAAGGACAACUGCUUAGCGAAGAUUAUGGCAAGGACCUAACAAGCGUACAGAACCUGCAGAAGAAACACGCGCUGCUGGAAGCGGACGUGAGCUCACACGCAGAACGAGUGGAAGCACUCCGCAAUCAGGCUGAACAGUUCAUCGAGCGGGGACACUUCGAUGCUGAUAAUAUUCGACACAAGAUCGAAGCCCUCGUUGCACGCUAUGCAGCCCUCGAGAAGCCAAUGGCCGUGCGAAAACGCCGACUACUCGACUCUCUUCAAGCGCAACAGCUGUUCAGAGACCUGGAUGACGAGGCUGCCUGGAUCAGAGAGAAGGAGCCAAUUAUUGCGUCAACAAACAGAGGUCGCGACCUUAUCGGAGUUCAGAACCUAAUGAAAAAGCACCAAGCUGUAAUGGGUGAGAUGGGUCAACACGAAGCGCGCGUGGAAGCCGUGCGUGCUGCUGGCCAGGCGCUUAUCGACGCACAGCAUUUCGCCGCUGAUGAUAUUUCCUCGCGUCUACAACAGCUGCAAAGGACCUGGAGCCAGCUGCAUGAAAAAGCCUUACAGCGCAAACAAGACCUGGAAGACUCGCUGCAAGCCCAACAAUACUUCGCUGAUGCCAAUGAAGCUGAAUCCUGGAUUCGAGAGAAGGAACCAAUGGCCAACACCCAGGAUUAUGGUAAAGAUGAGGACUCAUCUGAGGCGCUGCUUAAGAAGCACGAGGCUCUGUUAUCAGAUUUGGAAGCAUUUGGAAACACUAUCAAGGCUCUCAGGGAACAGGCGGAUUCCUGUCGGCAACAAGAGUCGCCGGUAGUGGACGUGUCUGGCAAGGAAUGUGUCGUUGCGCUCUACGAUUACGCCGAGAAGUCGCCGCGAGAGGUGUCCAUGAAGCGAGGUGAUGUGCUAACACUGCUCAACUCUAAUAACAAGGACUGGUGGAAGGUCGAAGUGAACGACCGCCAGGGCUUCGUGCCAGCCGCCUACGUGAAGAAGAUCGAAGCCGGUCUCUCGUCCAGCCAGCAGAACCUUGCUGACUCAAGCUCCAUCGCCGCUAGGCAGAAUCAGAUCGAGGGUCAAUAUGACAACCUGCUGGGAUUGGCCCGCGAACGCCAGAACAAGCUCAACGAGGCGGUUAAAGCUUACGUCCUUGUACGUGAAGCAGCUGAACUCGCCACCUGGAUUAAGGAUAAGGAGAUGCACGCGCAAGUACAAGAUGUCGGCGAGGACCUGGAGCAAGUGGAGGUGAUGCAGAAGAAGUUCGAUGACUUCCAGAACGACCUUCGCGCGAACGAGGUCCGUCUGGCGGAGAUGAACGAAAUCGCUGUGCAGUUAAUGACUGUAGGGCAGACGGAAGCAGCCCUCAAGAUUAAGACUCAGAUGCAGGAGUUGAACUCGAAAUGGUCGUCGCUCCAACAACUGACAGCUGAACGCGCUGCUCAACUGGGUUCCGCUCACGAAGUGCAGAGGUUCCACCGUGACGUGGACGAGACUAAGGACUGGAUAGCGGAGAAGGAGCACGCUCUAGCCACUACGGACCUCGGGAAGGACCUUCGCUCGGUUCAAACCUUACAACGUAAGCACGAGGGUCUAGAGCGUGACUUGGCUGCCCUUGGCGAUAAGAUUCGUCAGUUGGAUGAAACUGCCAACCGUCUGAUAAGAACUCAUGGAGACUCAGCUGACGCCACUUACAGCAAGCAGCGCGAGAUAAAUGAUGCUUGGCAGCAGUUGCAGGCCAGAGCCAAUGCAAGGAAGGAGAAACUGCUCGAUUCUUACGACUUGCAGAGAUUCCUCUCUGAUUAUCGCGACCUGAUGGCAUGGAUCAACUCCAUGAUGGCUCUGGUUAGUUCUGAUGAACUAGCCAAUGACGUCACUGGUGCUGAAGCUCUCCUCGAGAGACACCAGACUCAGCGCUUGGAGAUAGACGCGAGAUACGGCGUAAUGCCGCAGGAGCAUCGUACAGAAAUGGACGCACGCGCAGGCACGUUCCAGGCGUUGGAGCUCUUUGGGCAGCAGUUGCUCCAAGGUGGCCACUACGCCUCCCUGGAGAUACAGGAGAAACUCAGCGCCAUGACUGACGCGAGACAGGAGCUUGAAAAGGCGUGGAUAGCUCGUCGCAUGAAGCUCGACCAGAACUUAGAGCUGCAACUGUUCUACCGCGACUGUGAGCAGGCUGAAGGUUGGAUGGCUGCCCGCGAGGCCUUCUUGGCGCCCACAACGGUGGCUGACCAACAGGAUCAGCCUGAUGCCGCACCAGAUAAUGUGGAGCAGCUAAUUAAGAAGCACGAAGACUUUGACAAGGCUAUCAAUGCUCAUGAGGAGAAGAUAGCUCAACUCCAAACGUUGGCGGAACAGUUGGUUGCGUCAGAUCACUACGCAGGAGAUGAUAUCGGUAAAAAGAGGCAACAGGUGCUAGACCGCUGGAGGCACUUGAAAGAAGCCCUUAUCGAGAAGAGAUCGAGGUUGGGAGAUGAACAAACACUCCAACAGUUCUCUCGCGACGCUGAUGAAAUGGAGAAUUGGAUCGCAGAGAAGUUGCAGCUUGCUACUGAAGAGAGCUACAAGGACCCUGCAAACAUCCAGUCGAAACACCAAAAGCAUCAGGCAUUUGAGGCUGAACUGGCUGCUAAUGCCGAAAGGAUCCAAUCUGUGUUGGCUAUGGGAGGUAACUUGGUCCAAAGGGGACAGUGCAGCGGAAGCGAAGAUGCUGUACAGGCACGUCUCGCUUCCAUCGCAGACCAGUGGGAGUUCUUAACCCAGAAGACGACAGAAAAAUCCUUGAAGCUAAAGGAGGCAAACAAGCAGCGCACGUACAUUGCUGCAGUUAAAGAUCUGGACUUCUGGCUCGGAGAGGUGGAAAGUCUUCUAACGUCUGAAGACUCUGGCAAGGAUCUGGCUUCUGUACAGAACUUGAUGAAGAAGCAUCAGCUCGUCGAAGCUGAUAUUCAGGCGCACGAGGAUAGGAUUAAUGAUAUGAACGCACAAGCUGACGCUCUAGUAUCCUCCGGGCAGUUUGACAGCGCGGGCAUCGGCUCCCGUCGUACCGCUAUAAACGAGCGUUUCGAACGCGUGCGCAGUCUUGCGGCUCAUAGGCGCGCCCGUCUGCACGAGGCGAACACUCUGCAUCAGUUCUUCAGAGAUAUUGCUGAUGAGGAAUCCUGGAUCAAGGAGAAAAAGCUCCUCGUUGCAUCCGACGACUACGGGCGCGAUCUGACUGGUGUGCAGAACCUAUUGAAAAAGCACAAGCGUCUCGAAGCCGAAUUGGCGAGCCACGAACCAGCGAUCCAGGCUGUGCAAGAGGCCGGUGAAAAGUUAAUGGACGUCUCGAACGCUGGAGCAAACGAGAUCGAGCUGAGACUAAAAGCACUCGCGCAGGCCUGGGCAGAGCUGCAGGCGUUGGCGGCUGAUAGAGGUGCCAAGUUGCAGCAGUCACUCGCGUACCAGCAGUACCUAGCUAAGCUGGAUGAGGAAGAGGCUUGGAUAAGCGAAAAGCAGCAAUUAGUGGUCGUCGGCGAAUGCGGUGACAGCAUGGCCGCUGUUCAGGGUCUGCUGAAAAAGCACGAGGCUUUAGAGGCUGAACUGGCUGCCCGCGGUGAAAGAGUUAAGGAUUUGACUGCCGAGGGCGAGAAACUACUAGCAGCAGGAAACAUACACGCAGAGGCGCUGUCGCACAGGCUGCAUGCGCUGCAAGCUAAACUGGAUAAGCUUACCUCCCUUGCUGCUCGAAGAAAAGCGGCGUUAGUUGACAACUCGGCAUACCUGCAACUGUUAUGGAAGGCUGAUGUAGUGGAAUCCUGGAUAGCGGACAAGGAAACGCACGUCCGAUCCGACGAGUUUGGACGGGACCUGUCCACGGUGCAGACGCUGCUGACCAAGCAGGACACCUUCGACGCUGGUCUUGCCGCCUUCGAGCACGAGGGUAUUCAGAACAUUACGGCGCUAAAGGAACAACUCGUUGGUGCCGGCCACGAACAGAGCGCCAGCAUAGCCAAGAGGCACGCAGACGUUAUAUCUCGUUGGCAAAGGUUGCUGGCUGAUUCGGCUGCAAGGAAGCAACGUCUCCUUCAAUUGCAAGACCAGUUCAGACAGAUUGAGGAGCUCUAUUUGACGUUUGCGAAAAAGGCUUCAGCGUUCAACUCGUGGUUCGAGAAUGCCGAGGAAGAUCUUACCGACCCCGUUCGCUGCAACUCCAUCGAGGAGAUUCGCGCGCUUAGAGAUGCGCACGCGCAAUUCCAGGCAUCACUAUCUUCAGCCCAAAGCGACUUUGAAGCGCUGGCGGCCCUGGACGAGCAGAUCAAGUCGUUUAACGUGGGUGCCAAUCCUUACACCUGGUUCACAAUGGAAGCUCUAGAGGAGACUUGGCGCAAUCUGCGCAAAAUCAUCGCGGAGCGCGACGUGGAGCUGACAAAGGAAGCCCAAAGGCAAGAGGAGAACGACAAACUGCGCAAAGAAUUCGCGAAACACGCCAACGCCUUCCACCAAUGGCUCACCGAGACACGUACAUCAAUGAUGGAAGGUACUGGAUCGCUGGAACAGCAAUUGGCCGCACUCAGAACACGCGCUGGGGAAGUGCGCGCGCGCAGACAGGAUUUGCGACGUCUUGAAGAGCUUGGCGCAGCACUCGAAGAGCAUCUGAUCCUUGAUAAUAGAUACACUGAACACAGUACGGUGGGUCUCGCCCAGCAGUGGGACCAGCUGGAUCAGCUCUCGAUGCGCAUGCAGCACAACCUCGAACAGCAAAUACAGGCCAGGAACCACUCUGGUGUGAGCGAGGACGCGCUUAAGGAGUUCUCGAUGAUGUUCAAGCACUUCGACAAGGACCGAUCUGGACGUCUGAAUGCGCACGAGUUCAAGUCGUGCCUUCGUGCACUUGGUUACGAUUUACCCAUGGUUGAAGAGGGACAACCCGAUCCCGAAUUCGAAGCUAUACUCAAUAUUGUGGAUCCGAACCGCGACGGCCAAGUCUCGCUGCAAGAGUACAUGGCGUUCAUGAUCAGCAAGGAGACGGAGAACGUGCAGUCGUCGGAGGAGAUUGAAAACGCCUUCCGAGCGAUAACAGCGCACCAGGACCGCGCCUACGUCACCAAGGAAGAGCUAUAUGCAAACCUGACGAAGGAAAUGGCGGACUAUUGCGUGGCGCGCAUGAAACCCUUCGUCGACACGAAGACGGAGCGCGCUAUCCCGAACGCGCUCGACUACAUCGACUUCACACGUACACUAUUCCAGAACUAA